CAACGAAGAGUAGCCCCCGAUCACCGCAAGUAGAGAAAGCCCACGCACAGCAAUGAAGACCCAAUGCAGCAAAUAAAUAAACACACCAACUACAUGGGAGCAGGAAACCAUACGGGAGCAUCACAAUUCCUCCUCCUGGGCCUCUCAGAUGAUCCUGAACUGCAGCCCCUACUUUUUGGCGUGUUACUGUCCAUGUACCUGGUCACCGUGCUUGAGAACAUUCUCAUCAUCCUGGCCAUCAGCUCUGACUCCCACCUCCACACCCCCAUGUACUUCUUCCUCGCCAACCUGUCCUUUGUAGACAUCUGUUUUGUCUCCACCACUGUCCCAAAGACUCUAGUGAACAUCCAGGCACAGAGCAAGGACAUCUCAUACAUAGGAUGCCUCACUCAGGUGUACUUUUUUAUGAUUUUUGCUGUAAUGGAUGGUUUUCUCCUAACUGUGAUGGCCUAUGACCGGUUUGUGGCCAUCUGCCACCCCCUGCACUACACGGUCAUCAUGAACCCUCGCCUCUGUUGCCUCCUGGUUCUGAUGUGUUGGUUCAUCAUCUUCUGGGUUGCCCUUCUUCAUAUCCUUCUCUUGAGGCAGCUGACCUUCUGCAUUGUCACUGAAAUUCCACAUUUCUUCUGUGAACUGGCUCAGAUCCUCAAGGUGGCCUGCUCUGACACCCUCAUCAAUAACAUCUUCAUGUUUGUGGCAUCUGCACUGCUGGGUGUGUUUCCCCUCACUGGAAUCAUCUUCUCUUACUCUCGAAUUGUCUCCUCUUUAAUGAGAAUCUCCUCUGCCAUGGGAAAAUAUAAAGCAUUUUCCACCUGUGGGUCUCAUCUCUGUGUUGUCUCUUUGUACUAUGGGACAAGCCUUGGGGUCUAUCUCAGUUCUGAUACGACUCUUUCUUCCCAGAGAAGCUCCAUUGCUUCUAUAAUGUACACCGUGGUGACCCCCAUGUUGAACCCCUUCAUCUACAGCCUGAGGAACAAGGAUGUGAAGGGAGCCCUGGCAAGCCUCCUCAGCCGAGGUGCCCCUUGUCUGUGA